UGACAUAAUAAAAAAAAAACAAAGAGGAAGGAGGGUUUCUUUUAGGCUUCCGUCGGACACAGAAACCGCCGGCCGGCCAUGGCAGAUUCCGGUCAUUCCAUUUCCGUCACCUUCCCAUCUUUCCAUUCUGGCGGGAAGGAACAUACCAUUCGGACUGGCUGCGGUUCUGUGUCUGUUACUGUGUGUGGAGAUCAAGAAAAGCCACCAUUGAUCACUUACCCCGAUUUAGCUUUAAACCACAUGUCGUGUUUCCAAGGACUCUUUGUUUCUCCUGAAUCAGCUUCCUUGUUACUCCACAACUUCUGCAUUUAUCACAUUAAUCCACCUGGUCAUGAGUUAGGAGCUGCAUCGAUUGGUAUAGAUGAUCCCGUGCCUUCUAUUGAGGAUCUUUGUGAUCAAAUUCUUGUGGUCCUUAAUUAUUUUAGGCUCGGUUCAGUGAUGUGUAUGGGAGCAAUGGCGGGUGCAUAUAUCCUUACACUAUUUUCGAUAAAGUAUGGUGAAAGAGUUACCGGUUUGAUACUUAUCUCCCCUAUAUGCAAAGCACCUUCUUGGACUGAGCGGUUUUACAAUAAGUUAACAUCGAAAACGCUCUAUUACUAUGGUAUAUGCGACUUAGUGAAGGAGUUAUUGAUUCACAGAUACUUCAGUAAGGAAGUUUGUGGUAAUCCAGAAGUCCCAGAAUCCGAUAUGGUUGUAGCAUGCAGGAAGUUAUUGGACAAGAGAGAUAGCAUCAACGUGUGGCGGUAUCUUCAAGCUAUCGAUAGUAGACGCGACAUUACCGAAGAAUUAAAGAGUUUAGAAUGCAAAACGAUUAUAUUCGUUGGCGACAGUUCUCCCUUUCAUGAUGAAGCCCUACAGAUAGCUGAAAAAUUGGGUACAAAUUGUUCUGCUUUAGUUGAGGUACAUGCAUGUGGAUCAAUGGUGACACAAGAACAACCUCAUGCAAUGUUGAUCCCCCUUGAAAAUUUUCUAAAGGGAUUUGGAUUGUAUAGACCAUGCCGGUAUAGUAAUAGCCCGAGGAGCCCACUUGGCCCGUCUUCCAUCGAUCCUGAGCUUCUUUACCCUGAAAAAAUGGGCUUGAAACUUAGACCGAUAAAACUACGGGUAUCCCCUCAACCUCGUGCCCACAAGAACUAACAACUUCUUUCGUUAUGUCAUCCAACAUAAAUAAACGAACAAUGAAAAAAAAUACCCAAUCGUAGACACAUGUAUAGAUACGGGGAACAGGAACAAACUCCUUACAUGAUUAGCAUUCAUUCAUUUGUAGAAUUAUGAAUCUUAAACUCUGUAUUUUGUAAAAGUGAAAA